UGAGACAGCCUUCCAGUGACACUUUCCCCAAACUGAAGCUUUGAGUCGCAGAGACGGGCAGACGAAGGGUGAAGUAAUACACUACAGCAGCAGAGAUUGUUCUACUUAAACCGUCUCUGUGUCUGUUUCCCUUUACGGAAGAUCACCCAGAACAUCAGUGGGGAUUUCCAGGCGUUGUUUUUGGGCAAAGAAAUAUCAGAGCGAACACGGACGUCGCUAUCCAAAACCUCAUCGCGGCGUGUAGGAACAACACCAACCAGGAUUGUCUACUGCUCCUCGGGACUUGCGCGUUAUACCGCUUGCAAGAGCUUGCUGGGACUAAAUAAGUCCCCCACCUACGUGAGAUGUAGUCAGUAUAAAAUCAAGCUUGACACCCAAGAGACAGAGUUUAUCCAGAGUGAAUCCAAAUGCAGCAGAGCGUGGGUUAUUUUGGAGCGACCAACUGAGAUACUGACACACUGACGUAUUGGACUGACUUUUCCAAGAGGUUCUACUCUGAAGAACAGCGUGUUUAUGGAUUUCUGCGCAGCGAGGAACACCGGGAGUUGUAGGCUCUGCUCACAUGCAUCGAACAUGUUGAUCCCUCGUUGCUGCUGUAAACUUUGAUAGACAUUUAUAAAAAGAAUUCAGUACCAUAGAACAACGUACAUAAGCGCAGAUAAAUCUCUGGAGGAAGUGGGAAGCGUCUUUUUGGCUUUCCUCGUUUUUUCUCCCAAUACGUCAGGACGGAUCUUUAUCACUCCGUCGGACUCUCCUUCUGUGAUUUAUACAAAGACCAAAGUGUUUAGGGAUAGCAUGGCAAUGGUAGUAAACCAAUGGCCAGAGAACAUUUCUGCAGAUCCGGGGUCUCAGCUCCAGAUUUGUGGCCAGGAGCCCGGCGGGGCACCGGGGACACCCAACGGUUCCACCCCGGGGAACGACGCGCUUUCCGGGGACAAGAUUCCUAAUGUGGACUGCAUGGUGUGUUCGGACAAAUCCAGUGGGAAGCAUUAUGGCCAGUUCACCUGCGAGGGAUGCAAAAGCUUCUUUAAGCGCUCCGUGAGGCGAAACCUCACGUACACCUGCCGGGGGAACCGAGACUGCCCCAUCGACCAGCACCACCGGAAUCAGUGUCAGUACUGCCGGCUUAAGAAGUGCCUCAAAGUCGGCAUGAGGCGAGAAGCUGUACAACGAGGGCGUACUUCAAACUCCCAGAGCAGCCCGGGACAGUACCUGACCAAUGGCACAGACCCAUACAACAGCCAGCCUUAUCUAUCCGGCUUCAUCUCUCUGCUACUGCGUGCCGAGCCCUACCCCACAUCUCGCUACGGCUCCCAGUGCAUGCAAGGAAACAACUUGAUGGGCAUUGAGAACAUCUGUGAGCUGGCAGCCAGGUUGCUGUUCAGUGCUGUUGAGUGGGCCAAGAACAUCCCCUUCUUCCCUGAUCUGCAGCUCAUGGAUCAGGUGGCACUCUUACGCAUGUCAUGGAGCGAGCUCUUUGUCCUCAAUGCAGCCCAAUGUUCCAUGCCGCUUCAUGUGGCCCCUCUGUUGGCAGCGGCCGGCCUGCACGCUGCGCCCAUGUCGGCAGAGCGUGUGGUGGCCUUUAUGGACCACAUCCGUGUCUUCCAAGAACAGGUGGAAAAGUUGAAGGCCCUGCAGGUUGACACAGCUGAAUAUUCAUGCCUGAAGUCCAUUGUGCUCUUCACAUCCGAUGCUAUGGGGCUGUCAGAUAUUGCCCACGUGGAGAGCAUCCAGGAGAAGUCUCAGUGUGCUCUGGAGGAGUACGUAAGGAACCAAUAUCCCAGCCAACCAAACCGCUUUGGGCGCCUCCUCCUCCGCCUGCCCUCCCUGCGCAUCGUCUCCUCUCCGGUCAUCGAGCAGUUGUUUUUCGUGCGGUUGGUAGGCAAGACACCCAUCGAGACAUUACUUCGUGACAUGCUGCUCUCGGGUUCCAGCUACAAUUGGCCCUACAUGCCUACUGUGCAACGCGAGCGGCCCAUCCCCCUCCACUACAACGAGAACGGGCCAUGAGGUGUAUAGACAGAUGAAGGAGAAGCUGCAGGAGACAUUCAGGCUGAACAUCCAUUUGAUUACUCAUCCAUCCAUACGUCCUUCCCUUCAUGUUCUGCAUUCAACUUCUCAGCUUUCCCAGUGGAAGCACCUUCUUCACCAUUCCACUCAAAAUACAGACUGAUGGUACACUCCAUUACUAUGCCAGUUACACAAGCCAACCAAUCAUCCACCACCACUGCAGAAACACAGCGGCCCAUAGCAGUCCCUCACCCGACGAUGUAGUCUACAUUUGAGAUGUGGCACGAGAAGGACAGUUUGGUAGAACAGGUUAUUACGCAGUUCACCAGCAGGUCUGUUGGGCUCCCUUCAGAUGUCAGUCUCAAACCCCAUGCAAACAGAGGCAGCAAAAGACAAAACAUUUGCUUUAUUGUUGGUGCUGUGCCUUCACCUACAGAGGCUGUGUACAAGCACCCCAGUAUAGUGAAUACAGAGCAAGGGCUUUGUCAAUGGGACUCUACAAUCAAGAGCACAAAGCCUGUUGUAUAUUUACUUAUUUUUGAAAAGAAAACCAGAAGCCAUUAAAAAAGAGAGAUGCCAAAUUGACUUGGACUUUUGCAGAGAACAUGUUUUAUUGUGUGUUUCUAUUAGCACUGUUUAUAUGGGGAGAAAACUCAUGAUUGUGUCCAUAUGUACAGUAUAUCAUUGAUUCAUAGGCAUCUAUAGCAUAUUAGGGUUCAUUGGGAAAUGCUCAGGUUUAAAGGGUGGAUAGACAGACAGACAUGCCAAUAUCAGAACAAUUAAAAAAGACAAACCCAGCAAAAUGUACACUUAUCAGCAGCCUGUGCCAAAGCUGACAAAGGCAUAUUUGAAUUAUUUUUGUGGUAGUGUUGGUGGUGAAAAUAUAAUGUCUGCUUUGUCUAUAAUUUGACUGUAUACUUGUGUUUGGGUCUCAGGGGGGAGAUGGAGUUUGUAAAAAAUAAAAAAUAAAAAAAAAGUUACAAAUAAAAGCUUAGGCACUUGCAUUGUAAACUAGUCAGAACCAACACUUAUUCACUCCUGCAAAUUCACAGCACUGGUAGAUUCUCACUACAAUUGCACCAUUUGAUCAAUCUACCUUUUUUAUUCAUCCAAAAGGCCCAUAAUAAUUAUAACCCCUUUUAUGAUGUUAUCACAAGAGUGACACAACCUAUCCUCGUUGUUGUUUUUUAGUCAUGAUUGUCAAUAUUUGACCUUCUGGACUGGUGGAACAUGUUACAAAACUAGCUGUACUUGCCUUAGAACAAAGAUUUUGUCACUGAGCAUCUAUCUUAUGACUGUGCCAUAAUCUCUCGUUACCUGUUAUAACAGGUAUUAUGUCCUGUCAGGAGAGGAAAUGAACUCACAUAAUGUCAAAAUGGAUAAUGUGCAUAUAAAGUCAAAAAGGUGAUACAAAAUACAGAGAUUUAAAAUGUUAAUAAAACUACUGUCAUGAGAGCAGAUAUUUCUGUUAACAUCAUCAGCACUUUCAUUUUUUUCAGAUCUCAUGCGAGUUCUUUGCCAUGUCCUGAUGAUAUUGUCAUGUCGUUUGAGCUUAUCGUACCGAUACUGUAGAGAAAUGUAUCACUAACCUCUGAAAACCUCAGUCUAUGUUACAUUAUUAUUCUAGGUGGACUUAUGACUGUGACUUAGCUUAGGACAGUUUUAAGUUGUUUUUGUUGUUUUUCUUCUUAAUGGGAGAAACAAGUUUGUUUUGACGUGUCUCACAUUUCCAACAUGGCACUAUGGCAUCAACGUCAAGUACUGGUAUUGGAAAAGCCAUAUGGGACCUUAGAAACCCAUCUGUUGAUAAACAAAUUCACACAGAGGAACUCUGAAUUUGUUUUUAUCCCCUCUAUUUUUGUUUGGAAAUACAGUUUAUCCAUUAAUUGAAAUAAAAUGUUGUUGUUCGCAAUAUGUUUUUCUUU